GGACGUCAUCGUCAAACGGCAGAAGCUGCGGCAUGACUUUGGUGUCAGUCAGCGUUUUCCUCUCCAUCGGUUCGGAUGCAUUUCUCGGGAGAAAGUACACGGUUGUAGAAUACGCGCGCGAGUGUGAUUCGAUUGGAGUUGCUGGAAGAAGGAAAUCGCCGGAAGCGUUUACUCAACAAGUCGAUUAAACUUGUGGGCGGAAUGUCACGACCACCUGUUAUUAGAGAUUUGCCUGGAUUUCUAGAGCCGGUGCUGGAAGCGGGAACGAAAGUGCUGGGAUACAGGGCGUCCUUUUUGACGGCUCCAGGUGAUAACUACGGAAGUACUAUGCUGGCUCUGGAAGUGGACGUAACGGGGGCGGACAACGAGCCGAAGCAACUACAGCUGGUUGCCAAAAUGAGACCAGCAAGCGAGGAAUUUCUGGAGAUAUUCCAAAUUGACACAACGUUCGUGAAGGAGGCGGCGGUUUACUCCCAGAUCGUCCCCACAAUGGUGAAACUGCAGCGGGAAAUGGGCAUUCCGGAAGCGGAAACAAUUGACAUCUUUUGUCGUUGCUACAACGCACGCGUUUCUCUGGAUCCAAACAGCACGAAGGUGGACGCGGAUGGUGUGAUGCUUUUGGAAAAUUUAAAGCUCGAUGGAUAUAUAACCGAGGACCGGCGGAGAGGAUUUCCGUGCCACAUUGCGGUCUACAUUCUGAAGAAACUCUCCCUGUUCCACGCCAUUCCCAUUGCCCUGCGGCAUAUGAAGCCGAAUGUGUUCAAAUCCAAGCUACAGAAAUAUCUGAUAAAGUUCGAUAUUGACGCUGGCCUUGGCGAGCAAACUAUAGACAAGAUGGUAAACGUAAUGCGUACUGAUUUAAUCAAGGCCGGUGUGGACACUCAGUUGACGGAAAGGGUGAUGAAUAUGAUUGGCGAGUGUCGCAGGCGGCAAAGCAGAUUGCUAUCGGACGAAAUAACACCGUAUUGUACGAUGCUGCAUAACGAUUUGUGGGUAAACAAUAUGAUGAUCAAAUAUGACGCUGAUAAGAAACCGCUGGGGCUGAAAUUCGUUGAUUUUCAACUUAUCCAAUCGGAUUCCUUGGUUAGGGAUGUGCUAUUUUUCCUACUGACUAGCGUGAGUGAUCCUGACUUGGAGACCAGCUUGGAUGACUACUUGGAAAAAUAUUUCUACAGCUUACUAUCGGAUUUAACCAAGCUUAAAUACCCUGAUCUAAGUCAAUUUACGUAUGAAAGUUUCCUAGAAGAAAUGAACCGCAUCGCACCGCGAGAGUUAUACCACAUAGUGGCCAUGCUUAGGGUAGUUUUGGCGAGAAAAGAAUCCAUUCCAGACCACAGUGAGCUAGACGCGGAACUCUUCUGUAACGACAACCUCGUCGAGAGUGACUUCUACGAAAAGCUGUUACUGGUGGUUAAUAUCUAUGUCAAAAAGGGAUGGGUUUAAUUCUGGAAAACAAAUUCAAUCGUGACGCAUAACAAUAUGAAUGUACAAAAAUAGUGAAAACUAAUAUCUGUGAAAUAAAUCGAAGACGCUAUUAUGUUUAAAUGUAUAA